CUGUGCGUCCGGCAUAGUGGAUGAGCACAUUCCUUCCUUCUCCAGAGCUUAAUCAUCUGUCAGUCGCUUACGUAGGCGGAUUGAUUCAUUGCAGAAAAUUAAUUUAGUCAGCAAACCCCCCAACAGAAAUCUCCCAAUCCUCGUAUUCUCCCUUUUCUUUUGCUUUUAUUCUUUUCCUCUCCUCCAUCUUCCCCGCAACUGAAACCAAAGCAGAGUCUUCUUCUUCUUCUUCUACUUCUUUUUACUGUGAUAGAAAUGGAGAGGUAUGAAGUUAUCAGAGAUAUUGGGUCGGGAAACUUUGGUGUGGCAAAGCUGGUUAGAGAUUUGCGGACGAAAGAACUCUAUGCUGUUAAAUUUAUUGAGAGGGGACAAAAGAUUGAUGAGCAUGUAAAGAGAGAGAUCAUGAACCACAUGUCGUUGAGGCAUCCGAAUAUUGUUAGGUUUAAGGAGGUCUUCUUGACAUCCACACAUCUAGCAAUAGUGAUGGAGUAUGCUUCCGGUGGUGAGCUGUUUGAGAGAAUUUGCAAUGAAGGGAGGUUUGGUGAAGAUGAGGCAAGAUUCUUCUUUCAGCAACUAAUUUCAGGAGUCAGCUACUGUCAUUCCAUGCAAAUAUGCCACAGGGAUCUGAAGCUAGAAAACACUCUCUUGGAUGGUAGCAGUGCACCAAUGCUAAAAAUAUGCGACUUUGGUUAUUCCAAGUCUUCUGUGUUGCAUUCCCAACCAAAAUCUACGGUCGGCACGCCAGCUUACAUUGCUCCUGAGGUUUUAUGUCGGAAGGAAUAUGAUGGCAAGAUUGCUGAUGUUUGGUCCUGUGGAGUAACAUUAUAUGUGAUGCUAGUUGGAGCCUACCCUUUUGAGGACCCAGAUGAUCCCAGGAACUUUCGAAAGACGAUUGGGAGAAUACUAAGUGUUCAGUACUCAAUUCCAGACUAUGUGAGGAUAUCAGCUCACUGCAGGCAUCUUCUGUCCCGGAUAUUUGUGGCUGAUCCUGAAAAGAGAAUAACCAUGGAAGAGAUAAAAGAACACCCUUGGUUUCUCAAAAAUCUUCCACUGGAGCUUGCUGAUGGCUACAAGGAGAACUUGAAGAAUACAGAUAUGGAUUCUCCGUCGCAAAGCAUCGAAGAAAUAAAUUUGAUCAUAGAAGAGGCAAAAAAACCUUUUGAAGGUCCAAGGCUUGCACAUCCCAUAGGAGGAAGUCAGGACUACUCUGACUUGGAUGAUGAUGAAAAUAGUGGCGACUUUGUAUGCCUUCUUUAAUUUUGGUUACUGCCCUUUGUGCUAGGGAGGGAUUGUUUGGGGGAGGACGAGGAGCUUAUGCACCCACGAAUGCCCAUCACCAGGACUUUUGUAGAUGCUUAUGCCUCACUAUCUGCUACUUCACCUGAACAAGGGGAGAGUUCAAGACGCUGGACCUCUGUAUCAUGUGAAUCAAUCCUUACUGACCUGCCCAGAGACAAGGGGGAGCUUUUGACACUACAGGGAGACAUUGCCAGAGACAUGAGUGAGUUCUGGAUCAUCUAGGAUGCGAUGACUCCGCUUAUUAUGCCAACCAACACCCAUGAUAGUAUGGGUACAUUUACGAACGGCCGGGAGCUUUCUAGGGAUUGGGAUCAGGGUCUUGUACCACCUCCACCACUAUUUACGAUCUACAGCCCAUCACGUGACGACAUAGAAGAUUGAGCCUGACCAGUAGAGGAUUUGUUUGUGUGGAUGAUUUUUUUAUGAUUUUUAUGUUUUGUUUGGUUUGAUUGUUACACUACAGUAGAUAUUUGAGAUAUUUUUUUCUAAGAUGUGGUGUGGACAUACUGAUACGAUUGAUUAUUCGCGAAUGUUUUCUGCUCCACUUCCUGUUACUAAACUGCUGUCCUACCUGUUGCAUGCUUACCU